GAAGCCUCCCUGAUAAGCAGCCAGCCUGCAUGGAGGAGCAGAGAGGAGAGCCGAGAGGAGCAGAGGAUAUCAGAGGACAGGAGAUGUGCCGGCUGCAUUCCAAAUAUGAGUCCCCCUCAGCCACAAGGUCUCUCCGCCAGGCCUGACCUUCCCGUGCAGCUCCAAGACUCCAGAACUUGGCACCUAUAAACCCACUGACCCCUCAACCCCGACUGUAUGCCAACCUCUACAUGAAAUGGAACUCAAACAUUUUCUCUGUGGCAUUUGGUUUGUCCCAAAAACAUAGCUGGAGUCCACCGCUCACAUCCCCCCUCCGAGACACGAAACCCUGUACGCCUCCUCUGAGAGACACCUCCACCUGCCGCCUCCUCCCCUGCCUGGCUACCAGCACCCUCCACCCACCAUGUCGGAGGGGCUGCUGCAGGUGGAGAUCCCCGACUUUGGCAGCAGUGUCCUGGGGAGUCUGAACGAGCAGCGGCUGCUGGGCCACUACUGCGAUGUGUCCAUCCUGGUGCAGGGCCAGGCCUUCAAGGCCCACCGGGCCGUGAUGGCCGCCUCCUCGCUCUACUUCAGAGACCUGUUCAGCUCAGCGCCCGAGUCCUCCUCGUCCCAGGUGGUGUUCGAGCUCCCGUCCUCGGUGACGCCCGCAUGUUUCCAGCAGAUCCUGUCCUUCUGCUACACGGGCCGACUCAGCAUGGCCACCAGCGAACAGCUGGUCCUCAUGUACACCGCCGGCUACCUGCAGAUCCAGAACAUCGUGGAGAGGGGCAUGGAGCUGAUGAUGAUGAAGGCGUCCUCCGCCUCCUCCCCGCUCUGCUGCGACUCCCAGACGGCCUCGGCGGAGGAACUGAGCGGCUACGAGGCGUCGGGGGAACAGCAGCAGCCACAGCAGCAGCACCAGCGCCCCCAAGAGACGCUGCUCUCCUCCCAGCCGGCCCUGAGCCCGGAAGAACUGCUCCUGGCCGUCAGCAGAAUCAAGCAGGAACGCGCCGACACGCCUCCCCCACCAGAGGAGAUGGAGGAAACGACGGGAGAGGAGCGAGAGAAGAGGAGAGGGGACACUACGAGGGACCUCCAGGCCACUAGGGGCAGUGCGUUGUGUUACCUUGGGGCUGGAGGAGGGUUGGUUCCGGGACUACAGUCCUAUCUGCUGGCUACUGGAGAGCGCUCCAGCCCGGCCGGCUCCAGCCUACCCACCGAGUCGCCCCCCUCCCAUCCUCCAACGGAAGAGGAGCUGGAGGACGACUACUACCCCCCCGGCAUCUAUGGACACAUCUAUGGACACCCAAGCAACCCCUACAUCCAAGAGAAGAUGGAGAUGCUGCCCCUACCAUUGGCUAAUGAGCGGCGGCCCUGCGUGCUGAUUGGUCGAGACACCAUGGCCCUUCCUGCCAGCCUAGUCAGUCAGAUUGGCUACCGGUGUCACCCCGCUCUCUACACAGAGGGAGACCCAGGGGAGAAGGUGGAGCUGGUGGCAGGGUCAGGUGUCUACAUGACACGGGGUCAGCUGAUGAACUGCCAUCUGUGUGCUGGAGUCAAACACAAGGUUCUCCUCAGACGGCUCCUGGCCACCUUCUUUGACAGAAACACUCUGGCCAAUAGCUGUGGCACAGGGAUCCGUUCGUCAACCAAUGAUCCAAGUCGAAAACCCCUGGACAACAGAGUGUUAAACACAGUCAAACUCUACUGUCAGAACUUUGCUCCCAACUUCAAGGAGAGUGAGAUGAACGUGAUUGCGGCGGACAUGUGCACCAACGCCCGGCGGGUCCGCAAGCGAUGGCUCCCCAAGAUCCAGUCCCUGCUCCCAGACGGGAUACCGGCCCCCAGCCCCCAGCCCCGCAAGGGUAAGAGAGGAGGAGGAGCAGGAGGAGGAGGUGGAGGAGGAGGGGGGGGGGGGAGGAGGCGGGGCCCAGCGAGAGGCCAGCCUGCCCCCUUUGAGCUUGAUCUCCGGCAACUCAGUACCUCAUAUUUGGAGAUGGAGACACCGCUGUACCCGGCGCCGCCCAGGGAGAGGGGGGAGGCGGAGAGAGAGCGGGAGAGGGAGCUAGAGAGGGCGAGGGAGAGAGAGAGGGAGGCGGCGCUGCUGCCACACCUGCAGUACGCUGGCUGCGGCGCGGGCAGUGAGGAGGGGGGGCUGUCUGGAGAGUCUGCCGUUCCUCAUGAGACUGAGCCGAGCGCAGACUCCGCCCCGCCCGCCAGCGCCUCCCCUCCGCCAGGAGACACCGCCUCCGCUCACAGGGGAUUGGCCGAUCAGGGCGAUGGCACGGCGGACCCUCUACAAGACAGCCAAUAAGCUUUUGAAUUGCCUCUGCCUACUACCUUUAUGUAAAUAACACAACAGCUACCUGUCAACUCCGACUGUGUGUCUUUCUAUCGACCCGUCUGCCCGUUCUUCUGCUUGUCUGUCCUGACUCUUUCUUUACACCUGCCUCUCUGUCUUCCUAUCUAUCUCUCUAUCUACCUGAGUCUGUCUCUCUUUCUAUCUACCUGUCAAUAUCUCUGUCUACCUCUCAAGUCUCACUCUCAAGUCUCACUCUCAGCCCCUGUCUGUAUCAAACCCGUCUGUAUGUUCGUCUACCCGUCUGUCUGUUUGUCUGUCUGUCCACCUGUCUGUCUGUCUGCUGCAUGUUUCCGAGGCCCCUGCAGUCCAGCACACAGACCCUUAGAAGCCGGCCAUCAUUCAACCAAUGCUUGUGGUGUUCCACUACCACCACUAUGAUGAUGAUGAUGAUGAUGAUGAUGAUGAUGAUGAUGAUGAUGUUGAUGACGAUGAUGUUGAUGAUGAUACUGACAGCUCUGAUGGUCAAUCAAUUAAAGCUUGUUGAGAACCCAAUGGGUUGUCUG